AUGACAGCGCGCCAAUCGUCACCGACUUCAGAUCACUCACAUUCGGACGGCAACAUCCGUAAGAGGGUUUGCAAGGCCUGCGAUCGGUGUAGACUGAAGAAAUCCAAGUGUGACGGAGCCAACCCAUGUGGUCGGUGUAGGACGGACAAUGCCAUCUGUGUCUUUGGCGAGCGAAAGAAGGCCCACGAUAAAGUGUACCCCAAGGGAUAUGUUGAGAUGCUUGAACAGCAACAGGCAUGGCUUGUCCAUGGACUUCAGGAGCUGUACCGACGAGCCACAGAGGGCGAAGGCUGGCCCGGCGAGCCGUUGCAAUGCGAACCAAACGGCCAUCCGCUGACGCACGACUUGCUCACUCGACUCGGGGCGUUGGAUCAGACGAAAGGCGAGCGCUUCGAAGAGAACACGGAGGCCAUGCAGCAAGAGCUGUGGAUGCAAAAUGCCGGACACAUGCAACGCCAAGAUUCGUCAGAUGGAAGCUCCGAUAGCGCGCAAUCGCCCACUGUUCCCACUCGAUUUUCGGAUCCCUUUGCGCACCAAAUGCCACCCACCCCGACCUUCAGCGCAUCUCGCGCACAGGGACCCACGAUCAAAACCGAACCGCAGAUGGCCCCCUCGAACCCAACGUUCGCAGCUUCCAUGCCCAUGCAAGGCGUGGUCAACCCCUUGGCGCUUCAGACCCCGCAACAAUGGCCCAGCAACAAUUUCAGCUCUUUCGAGGAUAUCGAUCUGAUAGGUGCCUCGGACUACACGAACCUAUCUUUCGAUGAUCAGGUUCCUUCGCCCAUGUUUAACCGUCAGAUCCCCAUGAGUUGCAUGUUGACCUCAUCGUAUAUGGACACGAAAAGCGAUUACGAAGACAUCAAUCAGUUUCUAAACGCGAACCCGCCUGAGAUCGCGUCUACCUAA